AUGUCCAGCUAUUUAGCAAGUUUUGACAGACUUUCUAAUUUGUGCUGUGGUAUUGGGUUGUGGGAGAAGCCGGAGUACCCGCAGGCGCCAUCUCCCCUGUCCGGUAUGAUGACCAUCAAACAAACUCACAUGUUUCCGGCAAAGGGGAUUAAACCCGGGUCGCCUACGAAAGCGAACAAAGACCAUCGGCCAAGAAUAUCCGACGGCAUUUCUGAAUCAACUGACCCUGUCGUUAAUUCCAAAGAUUUCCUGCACUACAAAAUCUGUGACGUCAGCUACCAUAUAAGUCACGUCAGCGACUAUGAGAUGUCAGACCUAAAAAAAACAAACACACCAGAGGAGUGUGCACGUAUCUGUAGAGACUACAGAUACGCUGGCGUGGAGUUCGGGAAGAAAUGCUUUUGUGGUAAUUCAAUCAGAGUCACAAAUGUAAAGCCGGAGUCGGAAUGCAAUUAUUCCUGUACAGGAGACAGCAGCAAGAUGUGUGGUGGUUUGUGGAGGAUAAACGUCUAUACCAAUUGGGAAGGUACUACCCAUCCAAGUAUUUACGAAGACGAUCUGACCACCGACAGCUUAAAAACAGCACACAUUAACAGUUCGACGACCAGGGAUUUUAACGCCAAGAUUCCUUCAACACACGACUCAACAGAUACUAGUGCUGAAUAUAUCGGAUUGGCAGUUGGAUUAAUGUGCGGAGUCGGAGCAGUAGUUGUCAUCAUUGUACUACAAAGAAGAGGUGCAUUGGUGUGCAAACAUGGGAGAAAUACUGACACAACUAACAAAACGAAUCCCGGAUCACUUGCGAUCACAAGCAGAUCGUAUGAAGAUACCGUUGAUAAUCUUGAUCAUCAUAACUAUUUCAUACUAGAACAACGCGCGCAAACAGUGGAGGACACUGUCGAUCAAAUCAACACAGCAGUUGAACCAAAUGAGGAUAACAGUGAGACUGAUCAUUAUAAUUCAAUAGAGGUUACUGAAGUACAAUAUGAGGGUAUAAACGAUGGCAACGGUAAUUAUGAUCACACAACUAUUACCUUAACUGAACCCGUUACUAGGAAACCGGACAAUAUCUACAACAAACUCAAUAUAGACCGGCCUGGUAACUAUGACCAACUAGGAAAACUCGAGCAUAACAUGUCGCAAGCAGGCAACGACUACGAUACAACUGAUUUGGCGAGAAGGAACGAUGUCGUCGGCGACUAUAGUCAUAUCACGCAGCCCGUUACAUAUACCGCCUCUUACGUCUGUGUCCCAUUGGAUGUAAACUCGGAAUGCUCUGCUACCGGCACCUCUAACGUCUACACCCCUCUGGAUGCCAACUCGGAAUGCUCUGCUACCGGUGCCUCUUACGUCUGCACCCCUCUGGAUGCCAACUCGGAAUGCUCUGCUACCGGCACCUCUUACGUCUGCACCCCUCUGGAGGCCAACUCAGAAUGCUAUGCUACCGGCACCUCUAACGUCUGCACCCCUCUGGAUGCCAACUCGGAAUGCUAUGCUACCGGCACAUCUAACGUCUGCACCUCUCUGGAUGCCAACUCGGAAUGCUCUGCUACCGGCAGCUCUAACGUCUGCACACCUCUGGAUGCCAACUCAGAAUGCUAUGCUACCGGCACCUCUAACGUCUGCACCCCUCUGGAUGCCAACUCGGAAUGCUAUGCUACCGGCACCUCUUACGUCUGCACCCCUCUGGAUGCCAACUCAGAAUGCUCUGCUACCGGCACCUCUAACGUCUGCACUCCCCUGGAUGCCAACUCAGAAUGCUCUGCUACCGGCACCUCUAACGUCUGCACCCCUCUGGAUGCCAACUCGGAAUGCUCUGCUACCGGCACCUCUUACGUCUGCACUCCUCUGGAUGCCAACUCGGAAUGCUCUGCUACCGGCACAUCUUACGUCUGCACCCCUCUGGAUGCUUACUGGGAAUGCUCUGCUACCGGCAACUCUAACGUCUGCACUUCUCUGGAUGCCAACUCGGAAUGCUCUGCUAUCGGCACCUCUUACGUCUGCACUCCUCUGGAUGCCAACUCAGAAUGCUCUGCUACCGGAACCUCUAACGUCUGCACCCCUCUGGAUGCCAACUCGGAAUGCUCUGCUACCGGCACCUCUAACGUCUGCACCCCUCUGGAUGCCAACUCAGAAUGCUCUGCUACCGGCACCUCUAACGUCUGCACCCCUCUGGAUGCCAACUCGGAAUGCUCUGCUACCGGCACCUCUAACGUCUGCACCCCUCUGGAUGCCAACUCGGAAUGCUCUGCUACAGGCACCUCUUACGUCUGCACCCCUCUGGAUGCCAACUCGGAAUGCUCUGCUACCGGCACCUCUAACGUCUGCACCCCUCUGGAUGCCAACUCGGAAUGCUCUGCUACCGGCACCUCUAACGUCUGCACCCCUCUGGAUGCUUACUGGGAAUGCUCUGCUACCGGCACUUCUUACGUCUGCACUCCUCUGGAUGCCAACUCAGAAUGCUCUGCUACCGGCACCUCUAACGUCUGCACCCCUCUGGAUGCCAACUCGGAAUGCUCUGCUACCGGCACAUCUUACGUCUGCACCCCUCUGGAUGCUUACUGGGAAUGCACCAAUGACAAGUGUCAGUGCGUGGCUUCAACCCAACUGAUGGGAAACGAAGGGAAAUGUGCAAAAAAGACCAGUUAUGCCACACCAGAAUCCACUGCUAGCACAGCCACUGUUAACACAGCCACUGCUGCAACAGCCCAGGCAGGGACAGCUAUUGAUGAAGAAUCCACUGUUAGCACACCCACUGCUAACACAGCCACUGCUACCACAACCCAGGCAGGGGCAGCUGCUGAUGAAGACUCUGAUGACGAGCCCGAGAAGGCCCUGACACAGGACCAGCCUGACAAUGAGGAAAUACCCCCCGGUGAUGACCAAUCUGAGGAGGGCCGUGCUACUGCUGUUGCUGAAGGUAAUGUUAAUGUGAAAAUAUGCAAUGAACAAUCAAUACAAAAUGAUCUUAAUAAUAUAUGUUUCAAUUAUACAUACUCUGAACGGGACGAUGAGCAGCGCCAGCCGCAGAAGAAGACUCGUUGCAAGGCCCUCCUGCUCGACAAUGGCACUCAGGAGCAACUCAUCGAGUGGGUCCGGGAGCACGAACUUUUCUGGAGGAAGGGGGCCACCGACUACAAGGCUACAAAGAAGAAGACGUAA